CUUUAACAAAUUCCCCAGGCCUUCCCCUCAGGCCCCGCCGCCAUCUUGGGCGCGGACAGUGACGCCACUUCCGGCGCGUCUCUGUGACGUUAGCCCCGGUUCCGGCGCGCCUGUGGCGGAGCGAGGAGGCCCCGGGAGCCAUGAUCGAGGUCGUGUGCAACGACCGCCUGGGCAAGAAGGUUCGGGUGAAAUGCAACCCCGAGGAUUCGAUCCGGGACCUGAAGAAGCUGAUAGCGGCACAGACCGGCACGCGCUGGGACAAGAUCGUGCUCAAAAAAUGGUACACGAUCUUCAAAGACCACGUCACGCUUGGGGACUAUGAGAUCCACGACGGGAUGAACCUGGAGCUCUACUACCAAUAGAACCCACCAGUAUAAACCAGUAUAACCCAGUCCGGACCAGUGCAGCGCUCCCAGUACAUCCCAGUAUAUCCCAGUCCAUCCCAGUAUAUCCCAGUUCCCUCCCCCAUUUCCGGCCCGGCCCCGUUUGUUGAUCAAUAAAGGCGAUUUUGGGGCCUCCGG